CUUUAUAAAGACACAGGUUAGACAGAGGGAUUCACAUCACUUCAAGAUCUCACUUUGCACUCUUGACAAGCCUCUUGGUUCAGACUCUCAAUCAGUUUUUCAGGAUGAAGUGUGCUAUGAUGUUCCUGGUGUUGACGCUGGUGGUCCUCAUGGCUGAACCUGGGGAGGGUUCAUUUUGGAAUCAUGUCGGUAAUGCAUUGAAUGCUGCCCAACAAGUCCAUGGAAUGUUUUCCGGGGAAGAACUUGAAGCGAUGAAAGCGCAGGAAGCGAUGAAAGCACAGGAAGCGAUGGAACAACGUGCGUUCCAACAAGAGAACGACUUCGCCUGAGUCCAUGAUGGUCCAUCUGAUAAAACAAAUGUUUUCUUCUGCUUUUUUCUUCAACAUAAAAAUGUAAUCAACCUAUCUGUUUUAAAUGGAUCUACUUGUCAUUUGGAAUAAAUCUGCAUUGCAUUACAAAAAUCAUC